AAUCGCCGCAGUGACCAGUCUCAACCGAGCUUCUGACCGAACCUUGACAGGACGUUUGAUAACUAUUUAAAAAGUAUUUUAGACGUCAGUAAUUUCUUAAACAUGAUCUCAAGGAUUGCUUUUAUUUUGGCGGUGGUGGGACUCUCCUGUGCCGCGACUUUUCAAGGCUACUUGCCCCCAAAACCCGCGGAGCAUGCUCACAAAACUGGCUGUUACGUGAAAGAGAUCGACGACGUUAUUCCUUUCGGCAAGACCAUCUACCCCAUCGGACAUUGCUAUAGAAUCGAAUGCACUGCUGGCAUGAUGUACUAUGCUUCAUGUGGCAAAGUUAUGACUAGCGAUGACACCUGCUACGUCACGGAAGAAGAUUUAAGUAAACCUUAUCCCGAUUGCUGUCCCCACGUGAAGUGCAUAGAAGACAACAGUGUAUCGAAAAACUAAAUUAUAACUAAGCAUCUGAAACUUGGUGGUCUAAUGUGAAGCCUGGAAGAAUGAAAUGAGUCGCUAUAAGAACUUUGAUUUUGGAUUUGAGAUUAAUACAACACGGUCUGGCUAGCUGCGCACCUGGCGAGCGUGACGUCACAUCGACGCUCUGGUGCGAGUGAGUGCGGGGAGAGGGUAAGGCUAAAUUAGCCUCGAAGAAGCUUGGUGUGCUCAAUAGAUCGAGACGGUAUUUCACUCCAGCCCAUCGUCUGCAACUUUACAAGGCGCAGGUU